CCAGACAAUUCGCUACAAAGAUAUUGAGGAAAAUAACGGCCGCAGAGGAUCCAUAUUCACGGUUUGCAGUUCCAUUGCAGAUUAGCUUCAGAUCCACCGUCGUAGCCGUCGAAGUCCGAUUGCGUUGAAGGCCAGGAUUGGAUUAGAAUGGAUGAGCAGCAUCAGAAGGAUAAAGACAAGUACAGUAUAAUUGUUCCUACAUAUAAUGAGCGCCUCAACAUUGGUCUUAUUGUUUACCUCCUCUUCAAGCAUCUUAGGGAUGUUGAUUUUGAAAUUAUUGUUGUGGAUGAUGGGAGCCCGGAUGGUACUCAGGAUGUUGUAAAACAACUGCAGAAGGUGUAUGGAGAAGAUCGGAUUCUGCUAAGAGCAAGACCUAGGAAACUGGGUUUAGGAACGGCUUAUAUUCAUGGCAUGAAGCAUGCAUCUGGAAAUUUUGUUGUCAUUAUGGAUGCUGAUCUGUCACACCAUCCAAAAUACUUGCCAAGCUUCAUUAGAAAGCAGAAGGAAACUGGUGCUGAUAUAGUUACAGGAACUCGUUAUGUUAAAGGUGGCGGUGUGCAUGGAUGGACUCUUAUGCGCAAAUUAACAAGUAGGGGGGCAAAUGUUCUUGCACAAACACUUCUAUGGCCUGGUGUCUCAGAUUUGACGGGAUCUUUUAGACUUUAUAGGAAAUCAGCUCUUGAAGAUAUCAUUAGUCGUUGUGUUACCAAGGGAUAUGUCUUUCAAAUGGAGAUGAUAGUACGAGCAUCCAGAAAAGGGUACCAUAUUGAAGAGGUUCCAAUCACGUUUGUUGAUAGAGUAUAUGGAAGUUCAAAGCUUGGUGGAUCAGAGAUUGUUCAAUACCUGAAAGGCGUAGUAUAUCUUUUGGUGACAACAUAAAAACAUAAAUCAUAACAACUCAUGAAUGUCUUGCUGUGCGGCUAAAACUAGAUAAAAUGGUGCAGUUCAGUCACAAUUAUUGUCGUUUGCAUUGCACGGGAGUACACUUCUAAUGUUUGAUCGAUUUUAAAUGAGGUUUGAGAUUUGGUGAGGAUAAAAGAUCUCAUUGCAGUUUGUACAACUUAAUAGAGGUUACUGGUUCUAAAUGUUGCAAGUUUUAUAUCUCAGCCAUCAAUUAUAAAACAAAUAAAUCAACGUUAUUACAUCAUGGUC